GUUCUCAAGGACAAAGUGAAGCAAGCCGAGAUGGACUUCAAAUAUCCUUUCGCCUACCAAUUUCGGUACGGCCUGGACCCGACUGUGGAAACUGCUCUGCGGGUCGUGGCUCUGUACACUCCGAAGCAGUGCCGGCCGCGGUUCAUCCUACGCCCCGAGAAGAACCG